CGUCACCGGCAGGUCCUUCGUUAUGCUGGCGUAGUCCCCGCCCGAGGCGGUGUGCGUCAGCGUCCCGGUGUCGUUGGCGCCGUCGUUGUCCUGGCCCGCCUUGACCGUCACCGUCUGCGCGGUGUUCCAGUUGUCCACAGUGAAGGUCAGCAUGUUGCUGCUCAGCGUGGUUCCCGACAGGCUCAGGUCCGUGCCGUCGUGUCCUGUAAUGGAGACCGUGACGCUGUCCGAGGGCCGGGUGGCCAGCUUCACGGUGUAGCUCGACCCCGCGGCGUCUCCCUCCGUCACGGUGAGGUCCGUCUCGCUGAGCACGAUGGCCGCCGUGUCGUCGUCGGUGACCGUCACCGGCAGGUCCUUGGUGACGUUGACGUAGUCGCCGCCCGAGGCGGUGUGCGUCAGCGUCCCGGUGUCGUU